AUGAAUACUGAAGAUUCUGAAAACUCAGCUUCUCAGUCAAACAAUGGAGGUAAUUUUGAUCCAUAUUUUGUUGCUAGCUCGGAUAAUCCUACUUCCUCUUUAGUUGCUGUAGUGUUCAAUGGACUGAAUUUUAUUCGUUGGAGUAGAAAUGUUCGAAGAGCAUUAGUAGCUAAAAACAAAGAAGGUUUCAUCAAUGGUGACAUAUUGAAACCAGCUGUUAAUCAUAAAGAUUAUCCUAAAUGGAAACGAGCUGAUUUUAUGGUAGUAAGCUGGAUAUUGAGUUCAAUGAAUAGUGAACUUGCUGAUGAUUUUGGAUACAUAGAUAAUGCUGUGGAGUUAUGGAAGGAAUUGACUAAGAGGUUUGGACAAUCUAAUGGUCCCUUGAUUUAUCAGUUGAAGAAAGAGAUAGAUAAUCUCAAUCAAGAAAACCUUACCAUAGUUACAUAUUAUGGCAAAUUGAAGAAACUUUGGGAUGAAAUGCAGAACCUAAGAGCUUUUCCUACUUGUACUUGUGGAGCUCUUAAUUUCUGCAGCUGUAUGUUCUUAAAAAAGGUUGCUGAAUUUGAGGAAGAAGAUAAAAUGAUGAAGUUCUUGCUUGGUUUAAAUGGAGGUUAUGAAGGUACUGUGACAAAUGUACUGUCUAUGGAUCCUCUUCCAACUAUUAAUCGAGUUUUUGCCAUCACUCAGCAAAAAGAAAAGCUCAAUGUGCUUUUAUAUACAAUGUAA